GCGGCGGCGCGGGGCGCGGGCGCGGGCGCGGGCGCGGGCGCCUACGGUUGGCGCGCGGUAGCAAUGCCGGGGGCCGGAGCCCGGGCGGAGGAGGGCGGUGGCGGCGAGGGCGCGGCGCAGGGGGCGGCCGCGGAGCCCGGGGCGGGUCCCGCGCGGGAGCCAGCGAGGCUGUGCGGCUAUCUGCAGAAGCUGUCGGGCAAGGGCCCGCUGCGCGGCUACCGCAGCCGCUGGUUCGUGUUCGACGCGCGCCGCUGCUACCUCUACUAUUUCAAGAGUCCGCAGGACGCGCUGCCCCUCGGCCACUUAGACAUCGCGGACGCCUGCUUCAGCUACCAGGGCCCCGACGAGGCGGCGGAGCCGGGCGCGGAGCCGCCCGCGCACUUCCAGGUGCACAGCGCGGGAGCCGUCACAGUGCUCAAGGCUCCCAAUCGUCAACUCAUGACUUACUGGUUACAGGAGCUUCAGCAGAAGAGAUGGGAAUAUUGUAACAGUCUCGACAUGGUCAAGUGGGACAGCAGGACCUCUCCAACUCCCGGGGAUUUUCCUAAGGGUCUUGUAGCCAGAGAUAACACCGAUUUAAUUUACCCACACCCAAAUGCUUCUGCAGAAAAAGCCAGAAAUGUCCUAGCUGUGGAGACUGUGCCUGGAGAGCUGGUGGGAGAACAAGCUGCAAAUCAGCCUGCCCCAGGGCAUCCAAAUUCCAUUAAUUUUUACUCUUUGAAACAGUGGGGCAAUGAGCUCAAGAAUUCGAUGUCUUCUUUCCGUCCUGGGAGAGGACAUAAUGAUAGUCGGAGGACUGUGUUUUAUACCAAUGAAGAGUGGGAACUUUUAGACCCAACCCCUAAGGACCUAGAGGAGUCCAUAGUACAGGAAGAAAAGAAGAAGCUGACCCCUGAAGGAAACAAAGGAGUAACUGGCUCAGGAUUCCCCUUUGAUUUUGGACGUAACCCCUACAAAGGAAAGCGCCCUUUGAAAGACAUAAUUGGGUCGUACAAAAAUCGUCACAGCAGUGGUGACCCUUCAAGUGAAGGCACAUCAGGCAGUGGCAGUGUCAGCAUCAGGAAGCCGGCCUCCGAAAUGCAACUGCAGGUCCAGAGCCAGCAGGAAGAGCUGGAACAGUUAAAGAAAGACCUAUCCAGUCAGAAGGAGCUUGUUCGACUGCUCCAGCAGACAGUCCGGUCAUCCCAGUAUGACAAGUAUUUUACAAGCAGCCGGCUCUGUGAGGGGGUCCCAAAGGACAUGCUCGAGCUUCUGCACCAAAAGGAUGAUCAGAUUCUGGGCCUUACCAGCCAGCUGGAGAGGUUCAACUUGGAGAAGGAGAGUCUUCAGCAGGAAGUGAGGACGCUGAAGAGCAAAGUGGGCGAGCUCAACGAGCAGCUGGGGAUGCUCAUGGAGACUAUCCAAGCCAAGGACGAGGUCAUCAUCAAGCUCAGCGAGGGCGAGGGCAACGGGCCUCCUCCCAUCAUGGCACCCAGCUCCCCUUUGGCCGCGCCUGUUGCCAGGGACCAGCUGGAACUGGACAGGCUGAAAGAUAAUCUACAGGGGUACAAAACCCAAAACAAAUUUCUAAAUAAGGAGAUUUUGGAACUCUCAGCUCUACGAAGAAAUGCAGAAAGGAGAGAGAGGGAUCUGAUGGCAAAGUAUUCUAGCCUGGAAGCCAAGCUCUGCCAGAUAGAAAGUAAAUACCUGAUAUUGCUCCAAGAAAUGAAGACACCAGUGUGCUCAGAAGACCAGGGGCCCACCCGGGAGGUCAUAGCCCAGUUGCUGGAGGAUGCUCUGCAGGUUGAGAGCCAAGAGCAGCCAGAGCAAGCAUUUGUUAAACCUCAUCUUGUCAGUGAAUAUGAUAUUUAUGGGUUCAGGACUGUACCUGAGGAUGAUGAGGAAGAGAAGUUGGUUGCCAAGGUCCGCGCAUUGGAUCUGAAGACUCUCUACCUCACAGAAAACCAGGAAGUCUCCACUGGGGUCAAGUGGGAAAACUACUUUGCAAGUACAGUGAACAGGGAGAUGAUGUGCUCUCCAGAGUUAAAAAACCUCAUCCGUGCGGGCAUUCCCCACGAGCACCGUUCCAAGGUGUGGAAGUGGUGUGUGGACCGUCACACCAGGAAGUUCAAGGACAACACUGAGCCUGGCCACUUCCAGACCUUGCUGCAGAAGGCGCUGGAGAAACAGAACCCGGCCUCCAAGCAGAUUGAGCUGGACUUGCUGCGAACUCUGCCCAACAACAAACAUUACUCCUGCCCCACCUCAGAAGGCAUACAAAAGUUACGCAAUGUCCUCCUUGCCUUCUCCUGGCGGAAUCCAGAUAUCGGCUACUGUCAAGGCCUAAACAGGUUGGUGGCAGUGGCCCUCCUGUACCUGGAACAAGAAGAUGCUUUCUGGUGUCUCGUUACCAUAGUGGAAGUUUUCAUGCCUCGAGACUAUUAUACAAAGACUCUUUUAGGAUCCCAGGUGGACCAGCGGGUGUUCAGAGACCUUAUGAGUGAGAAGCUGCCUCGGUUGCAUGGCCACUUUGAACAGUACAAAGUCGACUACACCCUCAUCACUUUCAACUGGUUUCUGGUGGUGUUUGUGGAUAGUGUCGUUAGUGACAUCCUCUUUAAAAUAUGGGACUCUUUCCUUUAUGAAGGACCAAAGGUUAUUUUCCGUUUUGCUCUGGCACUUUUUAAGUACAAGGAAGAGGAGAUUUUGAAAUUGCAAGAUUCGAUGUCUAUAUUUAAGUAUCUCCGCUACUUCACUCGCACUAUCCUUGAUGCUAGGAAGCUGAUCAGUAUCUCCUUUGGGGACCUGAACCCUUUCCCGCUACGCCAGAUCCGGAACCGACGCGCCUACCACUUGGAGAAGGUCCGGCUGGAGCUGACCGAGCUGGAGGCCAUCCGUGAGGACUUCCUGCGUGAGCGGGACACCAGCCCUGACAAGGGUGAGCUGGUCAGUGAUGAGGAGGAGGAUACCUGAGUGGGCUCCGGGACGCUGCUCUUCCUGCCUUCACAACCAAAGUGUGCCCAAAGGGUGAAAGCACGCUUAAAAGCCAGAAUGUAACGCGUGUGGCCUCUGGGGAUCUGCUGGGCAGAUGUCCCAAGCCAGGCUGCACUUCCUCAUUUCCCACUGUGCGGGGGCAGGGGUGGGAGGUCUAAUCUGUUUACAGCCAUUUCCGUGCCAUGCUUUUGGUUACACAUAUCUCAGUCACGCUUUCUGCCUGAUGGGUGGAUGCUCGGGCUUACCAGUGGCUAUUUGCAAGAGCCUGUUUCCAGCCUCCAUCAGCCUGUCGGUGCUCUGACCCUCUGAAACUUUGCUUUGCUGGGCAUCUCCCCAUGUUCUCUGGCCUUGGUUGAGGGGAUGGAGGAAUGUUUUCUGGGGUGCUUUGCAGGACAGUGGUGCAGCUGCAGCGUGAACGCUUUUGGACAGCUGAAAACCGUGGCCUCCUUGUGGAUGGCCAGUGCUCCUGGUGUCUCCUCCACCUGACUAGGUUGUGCAGGACGCCAGCUGCCAGUGCCUGGGGAACUUUUUUGCUUGGGGCCCAGGCUUGGGUGAGCUCUCCCAGAUGUGUGCCCACCCCACCACUGCCUGGAAGCAUCCUUGUUCUCUGCCAGGAUGCAGGGUCACUGUUGCCUCUGACAUGGCAGUUUCUGGGAACUCAGAUGACUGCCUUUCUGAAGGCUGGGGAGAGGCUUUGAGCAAGGAGCUUAUUUUUGCUUAAUCCCUCUAGACCAUCCCUGAUGCAUAGAUGUGAGAGGAUGUUUUCUGGCACAGUGUUAUGAAAAUACAAGAGAAACGGUCUCAGUGGAAUGUUUCAUAUCACCUGAAAAAAAAUGGAAAUCAUCCUUUGUUGAUAUAAACACACUGAGACUAAAAAUUGAAGCAAUGCAGUUUUAAGAAGUACUUUUUUCCUAUUUUUUUGCUGUCAACUUUCUAGCAAUGCCACAGCGAAGUUGGCGUUUCAGCACAUGCUAGACUGAGCUCCGGCUUCACGUCUUUAGUGGAGUUGGUUAAUGUUUCACUGGGUAGAGGGAGCUGGCCUCUAUAUUUAGCCAGAAGCCUUUGCCUCUUUUCAGGCAUCAAAAAUGGGUUUUGUCAUUGCCUUUGAGAACAGCAGUUUGAGGUCUGACUCCUUCAGUUGUCCUGUGUGCUGGGCAUUGCAGUCAGCUUGAAUCAAGUGUUGGAACCCCCCCACCCCUCAGCCCGUCGUGAAAUGACAGCUGUCAGCCUGGGGGGUGGCUGCUGAGGAGGUGCAGCAGGAAUGGGGCUGGGCCCGUGGGCCAGCACUAGCUGCCGUCAGGUUUUACUUUCCAAGCCAAUGGCCCCUGGAACAUGCCAGCACACACUGCCAUGUCCUGGGGCUAAGAGCUGCCUUUAGGGACAGGCUCGUGUCGUCCAGUUUGCCCUGAGAGAUGCACCUGACCAGAGGCCCAUCAUGGCUGCAACCCACGGUGGUAUGUUAGUGUUUCCAGGCAGUUGUCAGCAGCUGCUGGGCAGUGUGUGUGUGACAGCAGGAGAGUUCCUGGAGGAAAGGGACCGGGGACACUUUCUCAGAGGUUCUCUUGCCUGGAAUCAAGUGAUGCGUGUCCAGAAGGCAAGAGAGGGUGGCUCCGCCUGGUUAAAGUUUGGGAACAGAAUGGAGCCAACUCCUCCUUCCAGGACUGUGGGCCCCACUCUUUCGCGCUAACACUUCCCCUCCCUCACGUCACUGAGGAAAGAGCUGCUCUGUCCCUGAAGGUCCCUGGCCUCCAUUGGCUGCCAUGGCAGGGGACCCUUCUGGCAGGGGCUGCCCCAUGCUGCUGUUCCUCCUCCGAACCUUCACCCCAACACCCAGCCCGUGGCCCCUGCAAGGGGGAACCUUGCCAGCUGGGAAACCCAAAAGCCUGUCCAAAUGCACGCACGAGGACCGAGGGGAGCUCCCUCCCCGCACCUGCUGCAAAUUGCCAACUUUUAAAUGGAUGGGGUUUUUUAUGGGUUGAACCUGUGUUAAUACUUUUGUACAGUUUCAACUACAGUUUAUAUUUUUAUAGGCUAUUUUCUCAAAGUGUUUCUAGAUUCCACAUAUCUAUUUUAUGUAACAAGUUUUUAUGUUAUGUGUGUGACUUCCUUGUGUGUAUCUGUGCCAGCCUCAGCCUCCGAGUUGCUCUUCCCUCUGGCCCUGACUCUCACUGACUCACCGAUGUGAUGUGCGGGCCCACUUCUUACCCCAGGUAGCCUCGGGCACUGCCUGUAGUCAUGCUGACAGCUGUACAGUAGCCGCCAAGACUGCUGAUGGCUGGAGACGGUUCUGGUUUCAACUACGGUAUAUUGAUAUCGGAAGUAUUCUAGACGGAUCCUCGGUUGGGUUUUCUAACUACGUUUGUAUUGCACACAUCCCCACCUGCCAUCCUAUAGUGUUGUCUUCCUGUGUGUUCCGGGGCUUCUGGGCAGCUGCGCCUGCUCAGGGAAGUCCUUGCAGGUGGGAGGCCAUGCAGAGACCCAGUGUGUGCCACUGAGCGUCCCACCGCUGCUGGGCAACUGGAGGACUGCAGGGGGCGCCAGUGACUCUCUCCUUUCAUAUCACAGCAGCUCCUGUGCUGACCUUCAAGUUACGUUUUGGAACUGUAAUACUAAAGGAAGAAAUAAACUACUAAUUUGUAUAAUA